CUGGGUGGAUGAGGCUCUGCUAAGUGGUUACUCCGAAGAACUGGACGCUGGAAAGGUCACCUGGCCGAGAGCCACUCAUCUGCCCACCCAGCCUGUAUCCUGGGUGGGCUCGUAGAGGCGCACCCAGCCUUAUCCUACCCUGAUUACCCAGGGUCAUACACACUUUCCCACCCCUUCCCCACAAAGGAGGAGAGACCCUGGCCCUGGGUCAAGCCUGUGGCAACGCAGCCAGCAGCGCUCUAAAUAUUAGCAGAGAGCCGCGGCACUGGAGCUUCGGAUCGCAAAGGGAAAGGAGCGCGCUUGCCCUCGUCCCUCACUUGGCACUGGUGUGCGCUCGGAGGCUGCCCGGUGCACCUGCCGGUCCCCCGGGGGGCGCUGCCUCAGCAACCAGUCGCCGCCCAGACUGCGGAAGCCGCGCCCGGGGCAGCGCGGAGUGGGGGAGUCGAGAUGAGCGGCGACUGGGACCGCCAGGGCCCUGUGGACGGAGAUACUGAUCAACAAGAGAUGAUUCCUAGUAAGAAGAGUGCUGUUCUUGUGGAUGGGGUUGUGCUGAAUGGCCCUACGACAGAUGCAAAAGCAGGGGAAAAAUUUGUUGAAGAGGCCUGUAGGCUAAUAAUGGAAGAGGUGGUUUUGAAGGCUACAGAUGUCAAUGAGAAGGUGUGUGAAUGGAGGCCUCCUGAACAACUGAAACAGCUUCUUGAUUUGGAGAUGAGGGACUCGGGCGAGCCACCACACAGACUAUUGGAACUCUGCCGGGAUGUCAUACGCUAUAGCGUCAAAACUAACCACCCAAGAUUCUUCAACCAGUUGUAUGCUGGACUUGAUUAUUACUCCUUGGUGGCCCGAUUUAUGACAGAAGCAUUGAAUCCAAGUGUUUAUACGUAUGAGGUGUCCCCAGUGUUUCUGUUAGUGGAAGAAGCUGUUCUGAAGAAAAUGAUUGAAUUUAUUGGCUGGAAAGAAGGGGAUGGAAUAUUUAACCCAGGUGGUUCAGUGUCCAAUAUGUAUGCAAUUAAUUUAGCUAGAUACAAAUAUCAUCCCGAUAUUAAGGAGAAGGGGCUGUUUGGGUUGCCAAGAUUAAUCCUUUUCACAUCUGCAGAGUGUCAUUACUCGAUGAAGAAGGCAGCCUCUUUUCUUGGGAUUGGCACCGAGAAUGUUUGCUUUGUGGAAACAGACGGAAGAGGUAAAAUGAUACCUGAGGAACUGGAGAAGAAAGUCUGUCAAGCCAGAAAAGAGGGGGCAGCACCGUUUCUUGUCUGUGCCACUUCUGGUACAACUGUGUUGGGAGCUUUUGACCCUCUGGAUGAAAUAGCAGAUAUCUGUGAGAGGCACAGCCUCUGGCUUCAUGUGGAUGCUUCUUGGGGUGGCUCAGCUUUGAUGUCGAGGAAGCACCGCAAGCUUCUGCAUGGCAUCCACAGGGCUGAUUCUGUGGCCUGGAACCCACACAAGAUGUUGAUGGCUGGGAUCCAGUGCUGUGCUCUCCUUGUGAAAGACAAUUCUGAUCUUCUUAAAGAAUGCUACUCUGCCAAGGCAUCUUACCUCUUCCAGCAGGAUAAAUUCUACGAUGUCAGCUAUGACACAGGAGACAAGUCUAUCCAAUGCAGCAGAAGACCAGAUGCAUUCAAGUUCUGGAUGACCUGGAAGGCCCUGGGUACAUUAGGCCUUGAAGAAAGAGUUAAUCGUGCUCUGGCUUUAUCUAGGUACCUAGUAGAUGAAAUCAAGAAGAGAGAAGGAUUCAAGUUACUGAUGGAACCUGAAUAUGCCAACAUUUGCUUUUGGUACAUUCCACCGAGCCUCAGAGAGAUGGAAGAAGGACCUGAGUACUGGGCAAAACUUAAUUUGGUGGCCCCAGCCAUUAAAGAGAGGAUGAUGAAGAAGGGAAGCUUGAUGCUGGGCUACCAGCCGCACAGGGGAAAGGUCAACUUCUUCCGCCAGGUGGUGAUCAGCCCGCAAGUGAGCCGGGAGGACAUGGACUUCCUCCUGGAUGAGAUAGACUUACUGGGUAGAGACAUGUAGCUGUGGCUUUGGUCCCCCAGAGGCAUAGAUCCUGUCCUGGGAGAGUUUACAUCCAGAACAUCUUGGAGAUACAUAGCAGAUUGCAGCCCUUCUGAUGAGAAAUAGGAAAUUUACCAGUCCAGGUCCAGCAAAACCAAAAAGCUAAGCAAAGAAUAUUAAAGACUCUCUAGCUGCCUUGGCAUUACUGUUGCUAAAAGAAUGUUAAAAAAAAAUGAUUUUCUCAAGGAAUGUCCCCGGAACACAGCUCUGAAGACAGUUUAAGAAGCGCCAUGUGGGUUCUGGAUUCUAAGCUUACAUUGCUGUUUAAGGAACUUAUAAACUAACAGUUUAAAGCGCUAUUUCUCAAAGUGUGGUCCCUGGAAUAUCAGCAUCAAGGUACCUCCUGGGAACUUGUUAAAAAUGCAGAUUCUCAGGCUUUCCCCAGACCAACUGGAUCAGAAGCUCUGGGGGAGAAGCCUAGUAUUUUGUGUUUUAACAAGCCCUUCAGGGAAUUCUGAUGCACAGUAAAAUCCGAGAAACACUGGUUUGAGGAAAACCUUGUAAUGAUCUAAUACUCACUAAUGUUAUGCCAAAGAAGGGAUAUCUAAUAUUUCAGAAGCCCCUGAGCCAUUCUUUGAAAAAUAUAACUAUGGCAUCUGGAGCACAAAUAUUUAAGGACAUCAGAAGCAUGUCAAAGCUAUUUUUAAAGAGAGAAACUAUAUAAGAUGUUUACUUCAUAAAGAUGUAUGUUUUAUGCAGGCUGAAAGUUUAUCUCAAAAGUUAAAAUUAUUCUAUUUUUUUCUCAGUUAGAGAUUAGAAUAAAAGGCAAACACUUCAUAGUAUGGCCCUUUCAGUCAAUGAUCAAUAGUCCUAAUUCACUUCCCAAUGUCAUUUGUGUCAUUAGCCAAGGAUGGACAUUUUAUAUAUAUAUAUGUAAUUCAAAGCACAAUAACUGAAAGAAAAAUAGAGGUUCUAUUAAUAAAUUAAUAAGCUGUUAGUCUUCAAAAUAAAACUGCACAUAAUAUCCAUAUUAGUUUUUUCUUGGUAGACACUGGAAGGCUUUUUUUGUUUUCAUCUGUGACUAAUUUUCUUUAUUCAAGAUACCUGAACUGGGGUGCUUUUUAGUUAAAAAAAAUUUGGGAACAAAUUUGGGAAAUAUAUAUAUAUGUUUCUGUGAUAUAUAUACAUAUAUAUGUAUACUAUACACACAUAUAUGUGUGUGUAUAUAUACAUAUAUAUGUAUAUACACACACACACACACACACACACACACACACACAUAUUUGUUUCUGUGUUCCUCUUUUAGCUUGAGGAGAUUGUUUCUUAUCUUGCUCCAUGCCUCAUAGGGAAUAAACAGAAUGAAGUCCAGGGUUGUACAACAUUCCCUUUUCUAAGCUUGGAAAUGUCAAUAUAGCUUCUUAAGGGUUUAGAUGAGAGAAUCUGGGAAUCAGUAGCCUUUCAGUGGAAACACUUCCUCCAUUUCUCCUGUGAGUGGGUGAAUUUAAUUCUAACUCUGACACUGGUCCUAGAUUUCUAGGAGAGUUUUAUUUCACUAAGAAAUUGACAGAAUUCAUAGGUGUGGGUGUAGAGUUCACCAAGAUAAGGUUAUGAUUAAUUAAAGCUGUGCAUUAGAAGAUGAAUGACUGAAGAGUGUUAAGGUAUUAGACUUAGCAUGUUCAAUAACCUUUUCAUACUCCACUGCUAACUCAUGUCAUUUAAAUUUUGAGGACUAUUUGCUUUUAUUGCUUGUUUUCAUUUUAGUGUGCCUGGUUUCUCAGUAUCUCUAUUGGUCAAAGAAUAUUACAUCUUUCUCUGGAUUACUUCAGAUUCUCAGGUGCAACCUAUUUGUGUGUGUGUUUAUUUUACAUUUCUUCUUGCCUUUUUGUUUUAAUAUCUCCAUAAAAUAUAUCUAAAAUUAAUGUUUGUAACUAUUUGGGUUUCAUUAAACAAAAAGGAACAUAACUAUA